AUGUCUGGACGUGGUAAGGGUGGCAAGGGCCUCGGCAAGGGCGGCGCUAAGCGUCACCGCAAGAUCCUUCGGGACAACAUCCAGGGUAUCACCAAGCCCGCGAUCCGGCGUCUUGCUCGCCGUGGCGGUGUCAAGCGCAUCUCCGGCCUCAUCUACGAGGAGACCCGCGGUGUCCUCAAGCAGUUCCUCGAGUCGGUCAUCCGCGACGCGGUGACCUACACCGAGCACGCUCGCCGCAAGACCGUGACCUCGAUGGAUGUCGUCUACGCGCUCAAGCGCCAGGGCCGCACCCUCUACGGCUUCGGUGGCUAA